AACUAGUUCUUUUGAACAGUUCAUGAACGGUUUGCCCAUCUCUAGUGUAUUGUAAACAAACAGUCCAUAAUUUUACCAAUAAAUUGAUUUGAAUUUUUAAAGAAUGCCUGUUGGUGGCUCUAGUAAUGCAGGUCAACAAUCCGACGAGGAUGACGAUUUUUUCAAACCAACCACAAAUUCAACACUCGCAAAGGUUUUUGGGAUUUCGAAAAUUGUUCCUCCAACAAAACAAUCAUCUGUGCAUUCUUCCAAACCCAGCAGACAAAGCACGUCAAAGUUGUCCGAUCGUUACGGGGCGUCUUCAUUCAGAUACGUUCCACCGCAGGAAGUAAUCGAAUCGGGAGAUGAGAGCGCGCGAGUGAAAACAGCUGUCGAGUGGAACUUGUUGCAGGCCAGUGUAGUUACUGCUUAUAGACUCGUUGAUGGCGAGAAUAUAUCCCAAGGAAGGCUCGGGCUAGCAUUGCUCCGAUCUGAUGCCGAGUUUAGAAUUUUACUUUAUCGAACAAAAACCGAUGCAUUAGCCACUUUAAAUGUUUCGAAAUCAACAAAACUAUUCCUGCGAAAUGACUAUCUUCAAUUCCAAAGCGACGACGAAUGCUUUUGGAGUAUUCUGUUCGAAAACGAUUCGGAGCUAAGUCGUUUACUGUCAACUCUCGAUGGCGCUUGUCUAUUGAGUGGAGAGAAGACGCAGUCCAAACCGAUUCCUGCUUCCAGAUCGAAUCCAGUGAUUGAAGAACCUAAUUCGGACGUGGAUAAAAGCAAAGCCAACUUGAUUUCACGUAUGGCCAGAGUCGGGCAAUCGAUUUUUCCACAGGAAAAACAAUCCUUUGCAUCCGAAAUAAGCGACUCUUCGGAUACGGACACCCGUAUCGAGACGAUCCCUCGAUCUAACUUUUCGUCACAUCAUCGAAGGGUUGCGAGCAGCAGCAAGGUUCUUCCCGUGACCAUUGGAAUGCAAAUGAUUCCCACGAGCUCUGUGCUCACGACUGCCGACCAUAAUAUGAUGCAAACGGCUACCGAUGUUAACCUCAAUCUGUUUAUGACCGAAAGCCGCAUGCAGGGAACCGAGAUGCGCAUGAACCUUUCCAAGCUUGAAGGAAAGUUGGAUCGGAUGAUGGACAAAAUUGACAACAUGCAAGGAUUAGCUGGGGUGGGUGGAAAAUCGAGCGCCGACAAGGACGAAGAAAUGUUAGCGUUGGAGGAGAAAAUACUCGGAUUGAGAAAAGAAAAUCAUGCCCUGAAGGGAACUAUAAGAAGCCUGGAGGAAAGAAUAAUGGCUCAUAAAGCGAAUGACUUGGCGGAAGCAAAUCUAGUGAAGAUGGAGAAACGAUGUCAGGAAUUAGAGAAAACAGUUGGAAUAUUACAACGAGAUGUUCAGGCUAGUCAUAAGAAAAUUGAUGAAGAUAUAAAAAUAAUUGAAGAGCAAAGUCAAACGAUUGAAGCGAAUAGAGAAAUUAUGGAGCAUAAAACCAAAGCAAUUUGCACUUUAGAAGAACGAUUGGAAGCUGUUCAAGAUGAACACAAUUCUGAGCUUGAGAAGAACAAAUUGUUGGCCGAACAGUUGGAAAGUGUACAGAAGUCAAUGAAGGACAUGGAGCAGGAGCUGAUGAAAUAUAAGGAGGAUAAAUCUGACAACAGUACAUUCGAUGAGAUGGUGAAAGAAAUUAUGAACAAUUGUUUUCAAAGUUUGUACGAACAAAUAGAUGAUGCGAAGACAAUAAAAAUUAUCGGACUCACCAUAAGACAAGAAACGAAAGCGGCUCUCGAGCGUCAGAAGAAGAAAUAAAAUAUUUUCCUGAUGGUCACCCUGUUAACGUAUAUUCUUCGAUGAGAAAAUUCCUCACCUAAACUAAUUCGUUGAAUGCGGAUAAGGUUCAACAGAAAUUAUCUGAUGCUACACAGAUUUUUUUUCAUAUUUUCCUCUGCAACUCUGGAAUUACCGAGUCGACGGGUUUCAUUAUUCAUAGUAACUAGAGAGCUUUAAUGCUGACUUUUAAUGAUAGAUGAAAAUGCUCAAAUAUUAUUUAUGUUUGGAACGUUUAUAAUAAGUUUUAACUUUAAUUAACAUUCAUUGGGCGAGCAGAAUGUUUUAAGAACAAAAACACAAACGAACAAACAAACUGUGUGUUCAAGGAGAAUCUGGCGUCCGAUGGCACAGAAUCUCGAAACAUCGGAAACCUUGCAAUCUGAAAUCUUUUGAGACAAUUGGCACGGUACUUGUGGUUUCACACAAAAUUCAAAGAGACUUCAUCAGGGUUUCUGGUAGAGCGAAGACUUCUAGUAGUGAAUCUACGAAAUCUAAGAAGCUUGACAAUCUAGCAACGAUACUUGAUGAUGAUGCUGUGGAUCUAGCUCUAAUUCAAGGGCCUCGGUCCACUACGGAAGAAUACAUGGUAUUCAAACAGGUUCAUAGUUCAUUUAACAAGACAUCGUUGCGAACAGAGUUGAGAUACCAACCGCCAAGGAGAGACCCGACAUCACAAUCGCGCCGGCCUAUUUUCCUGGCAACGUUCAUAAGAUUCCCAUUCAAUAGAUUGCGGCGUUCGUAGAUAAACUACUGAGAAGACAACAAAAUCUUCAUCAUCGGCUCAUGAGUUGGGGAGUGUCUUUUAGAAUUUCUCUAGUCAAACAACAUAUACAUUGCCAAUAUAAGGAAUGAACUAACGUUUACAAACUAUAUCAGACAAGAAUUCUUGGACCUAUGCA